UUUGCUGCUAAUCGCGUAUUACCGUAAACAAUAUUAUUGCUCAGCUGUUCAUCGCCGUUAUUUGAAAGGAUUUUCACUUUCACACGUAGUGCACGGGAAUAACGGAAUAAAAACGAAUUAAAUCCAAACCGAAAAGCAAAGAAAAUUAAAUCGUGCGCCGUAAAACACACACGCGCAACUCGCAACUCGUAACUUUUGCCGGUCACUCUUAGUCGCGCGAAACGACUUCGGACACAAGUUGAAACUUUGAUACGCGUGAGCAUUUCUCCACCAAAGCACCACAGAAACACAAGAGCAACAAGUUUUACAAUCACUACACUUGAACUGAAUUGUGCCACCUUGCCACAAGCCGUUGUGUGGCAGCAAUCGGCUGAACGAAUUAAGUCAAGGCUGUCGUGAUAAGCGACCAAAUAAUAGCACAAUCUCAAUCGCAAAGCGAGCAAAAGCAAUCGCGCAGCGCAAUGCAAGUCAUGGAAAUAUCAUCGAAAGACAUGGAAGUCUGUUCGAAUUCCAUAUCCGACUUGAAGGUGGAUGCGUCCUUUCGAAAAAUUGCAAAAAAUGCAAUUUGCUUCCAUAUUUGGAAAAUUGAAGAGGAUCGUCUGGAAGCCGAGCCCAAAGCACAGUACGGAAAUUUUAUCGACGACUGCGCAUAUAUUAUUUACGCGGCUGCGCCAAAAGGAAUCUACGUUAAUCAGGAAACUAUAACACGUGAAACAAAGCCUGGAACUUACUUAGAACGCUUCAUACACUUCUGGCUGGGCGAGAAGGUCUCCGAACAGAAGCGUUCUAAUGUCGCGCACAAAAUACAAGAGCUCGAUUCCUACUUCAACAAUGUAGCCACCGAAUAUCGUGAGACACAGGGCAAUGAGAGCGCUCGUUUUUUGUCCUAUUUCAAGAAGGGUUUCACCAUACUUUCGAGCAACUUGCUUGCUACUAAAAGCAGCAAUCGUCUCUAUCAGCUGCAUGGUCGUAAAUGGUUGCGUUGCAUAGAAAUGGACAGUAUCUCAUGGGAUUACUUUGGUUCCGACUACAUUAUGCUGUUGAAAACCGAAACAAAUGCUUUCAUUUGGAUCGGCCGUUCGAGCAGUACAGCCGAACGGCGCAGUGCACUUGACUGGGUUACAAAACUUGGCAUGAAUGCAUCCAAUGUAGUUGUUGUGGACGAUGGUUAUGAGCAGUCGUUGCCGGAAAAGCUGAAAAAUCAGUGGAAUUCUUUUCUACCGCUAAGUCAGCGUGUCGUCAGUCAAGUUUCGGCAACACCAGACAGACAGCAAAACAACAAAAUCAAAAUAUAUAAAUGUGGUUAUAGGGGUACGCGCUUACACUUGGAUCAGCUUGAUGUGGUCAUACCAACCAAAGAAGACCUGAGCGACACGAGCACAGCUUAUGUUUUGGAUGGUUGCUUGCAAGGUAUCUGGCUGUGGGUUGGAAAUAUGGCACCACAUCAGGAUAAAAUAAGCGCCAUGGGCAAUGGUCGAGCUUUUGUCAAAAAGAAAAAGUACCCUUAUUCAACGCCCGUUAUACGUGUGGUGCAAGGCCAUGAACCAGUAGAAUUCAUACGUCUAUUUCCGAACUGGCAGCAAGACGCUACUGAGUCAAUAAUGGCCAUCAAACCGGUCUCGACCAUAUUCAAGCGCUUCGAUGCACUUACGCUUAGCCAACGUCCAAAGAUGGCGGCAGACACACAACUGAUUGAUGACGGUACCGGUGAGAGGAAGAUCUAUCAUGUAACCAAAGAUCAAAUUAUGGAGAAAUCACAAUCGAAGACAGUUAUAUUUAUAACAAAUCAUUGUUAUGUCGUUGAAUAUACGGUAAUGCUACCGACAACAAAUCUCGCUGAUGCACAAAAUGUGGGCGUCAGCACUAUUAUCUAUCAAUGGAAUGGCUCAGAAGCCAAUGCUGAUGACAUUGCUAACUGUGAACGCUUCGCUUUGAGCACUUUCGAGAAACUCCAUAAGAAAGCUAUGUUUGUACAGAUGUGUGAGUAUGAUGAGACUCCGCAUUUUCUGCAGAUUUUCGAUGGAAAGCUAAUUAUACUACAGAGUGAGCGAACCUUGUUGUCGCAUCACAACAACAACGUUAACUAUAUUAGCAACGAGUUGUCGUUAAUGAAUAGGGACUAUUUUGUGUUGCGUGUCUACGGCGAUACGAGUUACAAUGCAAAAGCUACGGAAGUGUACCCUUUGAACACGAUGAGCGGUAAAGAGUGUUAUGUGGUGAAGACAAGUCACAUUUGGGUAUGGUGCGGUCAGAGUUCGACGGGCGAUGCACGUGAAAUGGCAAAGAACAUUGGUAGUCUCCUGGGCGAAUGUUCCUUGGUGGUGGAGGGCAAGGAGCCGAAGGAGUUUUGGCGUUCACUUACCACAUACAUGUCACAGCCGCUGAUCAAUGGUAGCAUUAGUUCGGGUAGCAGUAACGGUAGUAGCACAUCGCCAUUGAAUGGUUCUUUUGUGUACAACAACAAUAAUAAUAAUGUUACAAAGUUGCGUCUGCAGCCACAACUCUUUUUGGCUUGGUUGCAGCGUGGUAAAUUCUUCAUGAGAGAAGUCAUUGGCUACGAACAAAGUGAUCUCUCACCCGAAUCGAUAUAUGUGCUUGACACAGGUCUGCUUUCGUAUAUUUGGCUAGGCAGACAGGCGUCUACAUAUGAGAAGGACAAGUAUAUGAAGAUGGCUCAGCUCUACCUUGAAUCGGUGCCCAUAGCACGUCGACCAACGACAGCGGUAGCUGUAAUUCGUCAAGAUGACGAACCUAAUACUUUUAAAGGUCUGUUCGAGAAUUGGGAUCAUAACCUUUGGAAUAACUAUGUGAGCUAUGAACUCAAGCGACAGGCUUUUAUGAAACAAGGAAAUAUGCCAAAUACCAAUAAUACAAUUACGAAUGGUAUAAACGGCAAUGGAAUCAUACCAUCUGUGUUGAAAAAUCAUCUGAAGGAUUUCGACCUCCAUCACAAAUAUCCAAUAGUCACGCUACAGCAGGAAACCGAUCUAUUGCCGCCAGAGGUGAAUCCACUUAAGCGUGAGGUUCAUUUAACACAUGAUGACUUCGUCUCGCUUUUCAACAUGUCUUUCUGGGAAUUCGAUGAGCUACCCGUCUGGAAGAAACAAGAAUUGAAGAAAAAAUAUAAACUAUUUUAGGCAAUCCGAGUGUAGUCACUUAUCCGAAUCUACUCAAAAACCAUUUGAGUUGUUGUUAUAAUCGAUGAGAAAUAUGUACCCUACAAUAGUAUUGAAUGAAGAAAACAUAAAAAAAUAAGUUUUCAUACGCAUAACUUACCUUACGUUUCGAAUUAAUUUUAAAUGUCUAUAUAUUUACAAAUUGAAUUUUUGUAGUACUGAAUAAUUACAUACAUACUUAUAUAAACCUAUGUAAAUGUAAAUACGGUUUUAUGGAAUAAAUUUGUCGCUUGAAAUACUA